UUUAAAUCCCUCUCAAUGGACCCUCUGCUAACCUACGCACCGUCUCCUGUGCUUGUACUCUGUCUCACUCCAUUACUACUUUAAUGGAUCAGUAAAAAGCUUUCACCUCUAUACAUCUUUAUAUUUAUAGCUGCUUCACCUAUACCGAUAUCUACAAAUAUUUGAAUAAAUAAAAAAAUUAUUAUUUUAUAUGCUAAAUUUGACAAAUACAUUAAUUAAUAUAGUAGUAUAAGAAAAAAAAAGGAGUUUAUAUUUACUGUUACGUAUCGGUUUUCGAUCUUAUGUCAUAUCAGAACAGUACCUCCUCCGGUAGUAUCGCCGAUUCGAUCUCCGAUCGGUUGCUCAGCAUCGCAUUUUUGAACUAGGAAGAAAAUCGAGAUCGUGGUUGUUCUUCUUCAGCAUUGAUGGAUUUGCAUCAUUUGAGAUGAAUUGAGAUUUGUAGCUUUUUCUUCGUGAAGUUUGUUCUUUUGUUGUAGAUGAAUCCACUGUGUUGCAUUGCGCCAGUGUCGAUUGACCGUGAUAAAGGAAAUCCGGCUGUGCUAAAGUCACAGCCCGUGACUCAAAGUCAGUUAGGGCUUGAUAUCAACAAUGUGGGUGUGAAACCGGUGAGUUUCAGCUCAAGACAGAGUUUUACGAAUGCACAAGUGAAUACGGAUUCGGAUUCGGGUUUGGUUAAUGAAAACGAAGAAAAGUGGAAUGAUUCGAAGGAUUUUAAUGGAAGUGUAAGUGUGGCUGGAGUGCUAUGUAAAUGGGUGAACUAUGGAAAAGGAUGGCGAGCGAGAUGGUUUGUGCUUGAAGAUGGAGUGUUAUCAUAUUACAAAGUUCAUGGACCGGAUAAAAUUGCAAUGAGUCCAGGGAAAGAAAAGGGGUUAAAGGUUAUUGGUGACGAGUCUUGGAGGUAUAUGAGGAAGGCUAAUCGAUUGGAUGGAUCUAACAAGUGGAAGCCAUUUGGGGAAAUUCAUUUGAUGGUCUCCUCAGUUCGGGCAAGCAAGUCAGAUGACAAAAGGCUUUCUAUAUUCACGGGAACAAAGACACUCCAUUUGCGAUGUCAAUCAAGGGAGGAUAGGACCACGUGGAUUGAGGCUCUUGGGGUUGCUAAAGAUCAGUUCCCCAGGUUGUUGUCAAGUGGUGAUUUUGCAUCUUCAGAAGAUUUUAUUGUAUCUACAGAGAAGCUACGAUCAAGAUUGGUGCAGGAAGGGAUUGGUGAGUCAGUGAUAAAAGAUUGUGAGUCUAUCAUGCUACACGAGGUUGCGGAGCUACAAAAUCGGAUGAAGGCUCUUCAACUUAAGCAUAUCAUGCUUGUGGACACUCUUAGACAGUUGGAGACGGAGAAAAUUGAGUUGGAAACAACUGUUGUGGAUGAAACUAAAGAACGAGAUUCAUGUUGUGGACAAGGUCGAAGAUUUAGUGAUUUUUAUUCCAUUAUCUCUGAAGGUAGUGCUAGUGACUCUGACGCUGACAAUGAAAGCCGAUAUGGUGGAGAUGCUGAAACAGAUGAAGAAGAUGGUGCAUUUUUUGAUACAAAUGAUUUUCUGUCUGCUGAAGCUCUUAGAAGUGCUUCUUAUCGCAGUAGAGAGGGUAGAGGAAAUGCUUGUAGCUUAUUAACCUCUGAGAAUGAGAUCUCUACUGGUCGUGCACACGAAUUACAUGUGGAAAUGAAGACAAUCAAUUAUCCCUAUAUCAAAAGAAGGGAUAGCCUACCAGAACCAAAGGAAAAAGAGAAGCCAGUUGGUUUGUGGUCAAUAAUCAAGGAUAAUAUUGGGAAAGACCUGUCUGGUGUGUGCCUUCCUGUGUACUUCAAUGAGCCACUAUCUUCACUGCAGAAAUGUUUUGAAGAUUUGGAGUACUCAGACCUAGUUGAUCAGGCACUGGAGUGGGGAAAGCAGGGAAAUUAUCUGAUGAGAAUUCUUAAGAUUGCAGCUUUUGCUGUAUCUGGUUAUGCAUCGACUCAGGGCAGGCAAUGCAAACCUUUUAAUCCUCUCCUUGGUGAAACCUACGAGGCGGAUUAUCCAGACAAGGGUCUACACUUCUUUUCAGAAAAAGUUAGUCAUCACCCCAUGGUUGUUGCGUGCCACUGUGAGGGCAGAGGGUGGAAAUUCUGGGCAGAUUCUAAUCUCAAAGGGAAGUUUUGGGGACGUUCAAUUCAGCUUGAUCCUGUGGGGGUUCUAACCCUGCAAUUUGAAGAUGGUGAGACAUUUCAGUGGAGCAAGGUUACUACUUCUAUUUACAACAUAAUAAUUGGUAAAAUCUAUUGUGACCAUUAUGGCACUAUGCGGAUCAAAGGCAGUGGUAAAUAUUCUUGCAAACUCAAAUUCAAGGAGCAGUCUAUUAUUGAUCGAAAUCCUCAUCAGGUCCAUGGAUUUGUGCAAGACAACUGGACAGGAGAAAAAGUGGCUAUGUUAUUGGGGAAGUGGGAUGAAGCAAUGUAUUAUGUGUUAGGAGAUCCAACCACAAAGCCAAAGGGUUAUGAUCCCAUGACUGAAGCCGUAUUGUUGUGGGAGAGGGACAAAUCCACUCCCAAAACAAGAUACAACCUCACACCUUUUGCAAUGUCUUUAAAUGAAUUGACACCUGGCUUAAGAGAGAAGCUUCCACCAACUGACUCAAGGUUGAGGCCUGAUCAGCGCCACUUAGAGAAUGGGGAGUAUGAGCUGGCUAAUGCAGAGAAGCUUAGACUUGAACAGUUGCAGAGACAGGCAAGGAAACUACAGGAAAGGGGUUGGCGACCAAGAUGGUUUAGCAAGGAUGAGGAUGGUUGUUAUCGCUAUGUGGGUGGAUAUUGGGAAGCGAAAGAGAAACAUAACUGGGAAGGUAUCUCUGAUAUAUUUGGGCAAACAAGUGAUCCUUCUCCAGUAAUCGAAGAGUAAAUCCCUAGGUCUGCUCUUCAUUUCUCAUGGAGAGCAUUGAAUAAGCUUUCCAUCGAUACCAAAUUCGCCCAAAUCAGACACUCGGAUGAAGAGUUAGAGCCAUUUUAGUGAAACAGUGUGCCACCUGGCACCUUAGCGCAUCGCGGAGCCAUCCAAAAUGGCAAUUGUCAAAAUCCAGUGAGCCUCCACGAUUCUACUGUAUCGCGGUAUAGUUUCAGUUCACAACCAAAGAUGGCAACGCGAUUUCCACCGCGUCGCGCCGUUAUGCAGUUUCCCAAUUGUCCAUUUUCCAGUGAGCUGGUGCGAUUAUGGUGCGUCGCGCCAGCAUGUAAAAUCGGCAUGGAUAUUUUUCAGAACCUUGUAAUGUGACCUUAAAAUGAGCAUGGAUAUUUUCCAGAAAUAUUCAUUUGAAUAUUUUCACUAUUUGUCCUCAUUUUUUUAUGCAAUAGUUCAACUAGUUCAACGUAGCUUGUUGAAAUAGACAUGCUAACAACCAUUCUAGCACCUUCACUGUAUCUGAAUACGUUCAUUUCAAAAAUUAUUUCACCACCCGAAUACAAAGCAACCAUCACAUUUUCUUCAAAA